UAAGGGCAAUCAACAGACAUGCCCCCAAGAGAGGGAAGAAAACUACUUCGCUGAUACUGAGAAUUCUCCAUAUAUGCUGUCUGAAGAUGACGGCACUUCACUGUCUGAUCCAGAUUACUGGAGUGAAACUCCCAAUGAAUUGCCAUCCAAGUCAGGAGAUGAUGUAAAGGAAACUUGGAAGACAAGCACUGCCCCAGACGAUUGCCCAGAAAAGAGUUUUUCACCUCCUCUGGAAGAUAAACCAAGUGACACUACAAGGGAAGUGAAAGAUAAUAAAGAAGAGGAUCUAUAUCCAGAAGUUGUUAAAGCUGCAGAAAGUAUGGUUACAGGGCAUCAAUUUCGUCCAAACAACCCAACAGCUGGUCAAGCCAUUGUUGUGUAUCGAGAUGGGCAGAACGUCUUGGAAAACAGGAGUUUGUCUUGUGCAGGGUUUUCACCAUGAUUACUUGAUACAAGUAGCCUAGAAACUGCGAGCCAAUUUCAGCAAGUCAUUCCAUCUGAUGCAUAUGGUAUGGAUGAAGAGAAAAAAAAUGGCUCAGUGUUAAAGAUUGAAACAGAUCCUCGUCUAAACUCCGAUGACGUCAGUGCAAGUGGUUUACCAGCAGUGACUUUAAGGUCUUCAUGGGUUCUCUAUUCUGAAGAAAGAACCUCCCAUACUCUGUCAGCAUCACGUGAUGAUACCCCAGUGCCUUGUCGUGAUAUUCCUGCCCUAAAUGUAGAGAAUGGAGAAAGUCAGUACCAGGAUGAUGCACUUUUUAAACCACCUUACACAAAUGCUAUACCAAAACCUUCAGAAUCAAUUAUUUCUGUAACUUCAAACCAGCAAUCAACAACACAUCCUGGACCAAUUACUCAAGAGGUAGCUCAAUCUCCCCUAAGCAACCCUUUGUGGAACAGAGACAGCAAAUUAAACAUGGCCCCUCCACAGUGUAGUGAUGAGGAAAUACACUCAGGUCAGGAAUGGGAAGAAUCAGGGGAAGGUCUCGCCAGUUGGUUUGAUCUUUGUGAGAAUGAAGAUGCUGGAAAGAAUGAGCAUUCAAGAUGGGAAAUGUCAUCUAUGGAACCAAAUAAGACUGAUGGAGGUGUGGAGAGAGAUGUCUUUGAUUCAGAGGAAGGUUUAAACCAAGGACAGAGGCUCUUUUCUGAACAAGGGAACUCGCAUAUUCACCUACCAUUACCAGAUGAUGCCUCUGUUCAGAGUCGUCGUCCUGAAGUGGAGAAUAAAGAGAGCCAGGACACCCCACUCUGUGAGGCUGCAACAAAUGGUCACACUGAUAUCGUAAGGUUGCUCAUAGAGAACGGAGCUGAUGUGAACGAAGGAGAACGGGACACCCCACUCUGUGAGGCUGCAAAAAAUGGUCACACUGAUAUCGUAAGGUUGCUCAUAGAGAACGGAGCUGAUGUGAACGAAGGAGAACGGGACACUCCACUCUCUGAAGCUGCAAGAAAUGGUCACACUGAUAUUUUUCGGGAGGGCACUCCGCUCUCUGAGGCUGCAAGAAAUGGUCACAGUGAUAUUGUAAGGUUGCUCAUAGAGAACAGAGCCGAUGUCAACAAAAGAGGAUCGGUACGUUAA